UCUGUGCGCCAUUGUUUUGCGGCUCCGUGUUGCUCUGCGCAGCGGGCGGAGAGAGAGCGGAUGAAAAUGGCGGACGGUGUGGAUCACAUCGACAUCUACGCCGAUGUAGAGGAGGAGGAAUUUAACCAGGAGGCUGAAUACCCGGUGCAUGAGCAGAUAGACCUGUACGAUGAUGUUAUUUCUCCAUCGGCCAAUAAUGGAGACGCCCCAGAAGACCGGGAUUACCUGGACUCGGCACCAGGGGGCACUGAGGGAGGGAAAAGUGCCCCAGCCAAUGCAGCGUACAACUACUCCGGCAAAAGGAUCGCUCUGUACAUAGGAAACCUCACAUGGUGGACCACAGAUGAAGACCUCACUGAAGCAAUCCGGUCGAUUGGCAUCACAGAUGUGCUGGAAAUAAAGUUUUUUGAAAACAGAGCAAAUGGCCAGUCCAAAGGGUUUGCUUUGGUUUGUGUCGGCUCUGAGGGGUCCUCCAGGAAGUUGAUGGACUUAUUGGCAAAGCGUGAGCUUCAUGGUCAGAAUCCUAUCGUCACGCCGUGCAACAAGCAGUCCCUGAGCCAGUUUGAGAUGCAGUCUCGUAAAAGCUCAGGCACAUCUUCAGGACAGAUGUCUGGAGAAGGUAAGGCCGGCCCUCCCGGCGGCUCUCGUGGAGGAUUCCCAAUGGGCGGGAGAGGAGGCAGGGGCAGAUACCCUGGACCCCCCGGACCUGGGGAUCGCUUCCCUGGCCCUCCUGGCCCCGGGGGACCACCACCACACUUCCCAGGUGGAAUGCAGGGUCCUCCACGGCCUCCUCCUGGACCCCCUGUUCAUCCUGGGCCCCCUGGCCCCCCUCCUCCAGGUCAAGGUCUGCCCCCUCCCCUCGCCGGACCCCCAGGCCGUGGGGACAGACCUCCUCCGCCAGUGCUUUUCCCUGGUCAGUUUGGGCAGCCUCCUCUGGGGCCUCUGCCUCCUGGACCCCCUCCUCCAGGAUACGGCCCUCCGCCUGGACCCCCUCCUCCUCAGCAGGGACCCCCACCUCCGGGCCCAUUCCCCCCACGUCCCCCUGGUCCCAUCGGCCCUCCCAUGGCUUUAGGACCCCCUCCGCACAUGCCCGGACCCCCUCCAGGAGGACCCCCACCUGCCCCACACGUGAACCCGGCCUUCUUCCCCCCGCCCGGCAACAGCAUGCCCCCCAACGACAGAGGCCCCCCGGGACCUAAUGACCCGUAUGGGCGUCCGCCGCCGUAUGAACGAGACUUUGGACACGGAGGACGGGACAUGGAUUCCUCUCGGGCCCCUCUAAGCGAGGCAGAGUUUGAGGAGAUCAUGAACAGAAACAGAGCCAUCUCCUCUAGUGCCAUCUCCAGGGCAGUGUCUGACGCCAGCGCAGCGGACUACGGCAGUGCCAUCGAGACCCUGGUGACGGCCAUCUCUCUGAUCAAACAGUCGAAGGUCUCUGCAGACGACCGCUGUAAAGUGCUCAUCAGCUCCCUGCAGGACUGUCUCCACGGCAUUGAGUCCAAGAGUUACGGCUCAGCCAGAGAGCGCUCCAGAGAACGCGAUCACAGUCGGUCGAGAGAAAAGAGCCGGCGCCACAAGUCUCGGAGCCGUGAACGAGAUCGUCACGAGGAUUAUUACAGAGAGAGGAGCCGAGAAAGGGACCGGCAUCGCGAGAGAGACCGGGACAGAGACAGGGAGCGUGAGAGGGAGUACAGGCACCGCUAACAGCUCACGAGGAUCAGGACGAGGAAGGAUCAGGACGGACGGCGCCUGACGGACUCCUCUUCCUCUGCUCCUCUUCCUCACCUCCUCUGACCGCUGUGGAGCCUUCACGCUGUAAGCCUGUUAUAAACACACUAUACUCAUGGUUGACUAAAGAUGAAAGAAACUUUCCAAAUUGCUCUUUUAUUUUUAUGACGUUUUAUUUCACAAUGAAAGUGAUAAAGUGUGAUGCUCUUUGCAUAAAACUAGAAACAGCCCACAGCUCCCUCUAAUGGACAAUGCAGAUAUAUUCUCUUGCUUUAUUUUACGUUGCCUCUUGUACUGUGUACAUUCAGUUUAGACAUUAGUUUUUAUAGAGUACAUAUUUGAUGUUGUUCUCCUCCCCUCCCUCAUUCUCAUUUACUCUUUCCAUGGUUAGAAUGUUUGUAAAUGUCUCUGCUUUUGAAUAAAUCUGAUGGUGUUGUAAUAAAAUGUUUACUGAGGUAGACUGUGCUUUUGGCGAUUUCCUCUACACCAGGGGUCUCUAACCUUUUUCCUCAGGUGAGCUACCUUUACAAAACAAAAAUUCCAGAGAGCUUCUCAUUUUAGCUGUCGCAGGAAAUAAAGUAUACAGAAGAGCCAUGGCAUGGCUUAGAUGGGGUACAGUUAGAUAAAACAUAAACCAUUAUUUGAGUGCACAAAGUCGGGCAUCAAAAUGAUAGAUUUACAAUAAUAGGUAUUUAAUUCAUCAAAUUUGAGUUAUUUGGGAAAAUAUGUGUAUUUCAGAAAUCCCUUGGUGAGCUAAUUGAAAGGGGUGGAGAGCUGCUGGUGGCUCCUGAGCUACAGGUUGGAGACUCCUGCUUCUACACUGUAGCUGCGUUUAUAUUAAAUGUGAAUUUGGCCUUAAGGAUGUUUUCAUAUCAAAGCGGGUUUGUAGGAACUGUGUGAAAAAUGGCUAUUUUUAAAUUGUAAGUCCUAAUACGGUGUAGCUAUUGCUCCUAAAACACAUCUUUUAAGUUGUUCUAUGUAGUAUAAUGUUUGUACAUUCGUUGAUAUUUCUUUCUCUGCUUUAGUUUUCCCAGUGGUAACUGUUUUUGACGCAAAUGUAAAUUUUGCUACAGUUUCCACGUAUGUGUGCACUGGUUGUACAGUUCACAUGCAUUAAGGGCCUUUUAUGAAUUUGGUCCAGUAAUUUUUGUGUACAAACCUUCAGAGUGUGUUCUGUUUGUGUGGGACCAGUGUUAAAUGCUUUUGCCAUUUGAAGUUUAACUAGGCCACUGUUAAAGUGCAAGACAUUAUUGUCCCUUCAAUGUUCCCAUAUUUCUCUAAAUUGUAGAUCAGCCGUUCAUCCUGCUUCUGAAAACAAAACAAUUUCAUAUCAUGUGGUUCUGCUGUCAAUGGCACCAACAUUUUAUUGCUUUAUAAAUAGUGUUUCUUUUGGAGAAAAUAUCUGGGUUCACCAAAUUGUCUUGUUUAUUUCUGCCUGUUUAACGUUUCCUCCUGCAGCUGUUCAGGUAAGUGUUUUCAGCUCUGUGCCUGUGGGAGCGACUGCAGCCGACCCAGCUGGAGUCCAUGGUAUAACUUAAUGCUUACAGGUCGUGUAAACUUACAAUUAUUGACCAGCUAGAAACAUUACCUAAAUAUAUUUUCUAUACUGAUAACCUUUUUUCUGAAAUUACUUUGAGAGAUUGUUUUUUGCCAGAAAUGGUGAAUCUGUUCAGUCUGACGAUCAAAUAAAACUGAAAUCCAAAACUGA